AUGACAGCCGCCCUCCUGGAAUUCUACUGCCAAAGUCGCGCUGCUGAUAUCCUCAACGGGCAACCUGAAUCCCAUGGACAAUAUACUCGAGAUUCUCCUGAGGCUAAAUUCCUGGGACGGCAUAUGUACGCCUACAAGUCCCAGUUCUUGUCUCAUCACGGCGUUAUUGCAGGAGGAGUCGACGGAGAGGAUUGGGAAAGCACGAGGCAGUUUUAUAGAGAUAAUCUCGAUGUGCUUGGCGUGGCUGCUCUAGGGGAUGCGGACUUAAACUCCCGGUCUCCUCAUCCACUAUCUAGGGGAGUCAUCGGACAGGCUGCGGGAACGAUAGACGUUGGGCAACUUCAAACACGAUUAGAAGACCUCGAUCUUGAAAACAUAAAGAACUUCACGCCACAACGCACUUCCCGCCCUAAUCUUCAGAGACGCAUCACUGAUAAGGCCCAUGCUGAAGCUACCAACGAGCCAAUGCCGCUGAAUAUCGCAGAUCUCGUACGGCAUACACGUACUCCGUUUCCACACUUUCCCAUCAAUUUGCCUGCUUUAUAUGCACCAACCAUGAACUUUCCUGGCUCUCGAUAUAGGAUUGAGUUUGAAGAGGAAGCCAUGAUUGGGAGAGGUUCAUAUGGUGCUGUGUACCGUGUGAGACAUCAUGUCGAUGGUCAAGUUUAUGCAGUGAAAAAAAUACCCCUGGGCGAGAAACGACUAAGACAGGUGCAAGAAUGUGGUUUGCGGGCCCUAGAUAAUAUCUUGAAGGAGGUUAGAACCCUUGCCCGGUUAGAGCAUCCCAACGUUGUACGUUAUUAUGGUGCAUGGGCUGAAUACCCCAGUGGCCCAAUUCUAAAGUCACCUUCCACUGGUUUUCCGGUUCAUCAUCGCGAGAUGGACGAUAAUCAACAACCCCUUUUGAGCCCCGUAUUGUCGUCACAACAGAACGAUGAUUUAAACUUUAGUAUCGUUUUUGAGGAUUCUAGCCAUGGAAUCGUCUUUGAAAACUCCUCUAAAGAUGGUGAAAGCGCUAUUGAAGAAACAGGGCCCUCGUCCGACUCUCCCAGCUCACGACAUAGUAAACGGAAAUGUUUCCAGAAAUCGAGUUGUAAGAGCGAUAUUGGAGACGACGAAGUCCAGUCUCUUCCACGGCAUUUCGACUUCCCAACCCCUGGCCAAACGACAACGGAGAGCGAGACAAAUGAUGAUGUUUUUACUGACGGGAUGGGGCAUACUGGCUCCAGGUGCCAUGUUAGCCAGAAAGUUGGCCUUGUGAAACCUAAUCCUGUUUUGAUGCUACACAUUCAAAUGUCGCUCCACCCGGUGAGCUUGGCAAAGUACCUAAUCGCGAAGCCCGUUUCGUUAGAUCCGAAAGCUCCCCAUCAUUGUUUCCAUCUCGUUCCCUCUCUCAAAAUCAUUCUAGGAGUCUUGGCAGGAGUUGAGUAUCUGCAUACUACUGGCAUAGUCCAUCGUGACCUGAAGCCUGCAAAUAUUUUCCUCUCUCCGGCUGGCGUGCAGGACAACCCAGUUUGCCCAACAUGCGAGAAAGCCGGGAUUGAAAGGACAUGGUACACGACACCUCGCAUCGGCGAUUUCGGCCUCGUUGCGGAAAUAUCCCGAUUUGGAGACGAAAAUGAAGUGCUAUUCGAUUCCGUGUAUAAUUCUACCGGUACCCCUAUUCGCCCUGUUGGUACGGAAUUCUAUCGACCCCCCAUCGUCACAUCGCCUUGCCCCUCCUCACGGCAUCCCAUACACCACGAAAUUGAUGACCACGGCGACGGCCACAGUGGCAAUGAAGUACGCAAUCGUAAGAUACAAAAGAUCCUCAACAUCGACGAAAGCCUAGACGUUUUUGCGUUAGGCGUCAUCUUGUUUGAACUGCUGUACAAAUUUGAGACCCGAAUGGGGCGUCAAAUGGCACUUUGUGAUCUGACCUGUUCACCCAACAAGCGGAUGAAGCAUUAUCAGCACGAAUACCAUCACCAACGCAGGCCUUCUGGUCUCGUCCCAACUUUGCCAUCUGAUUUCGCAGCCAAGGUCGACUGCUCAGGGAUAUUCAAGGGCGAGAACGAGAAGGACACUGCUGAUAUCCUGAGAAAGUUGACAGAGUGUAUACAAGGGAUGCUGGAUCCGGAUCCUCGUUUUAGAUGGUCAUGUAAAGAUGUGCAGCGAUGUUUGAAUGACAUAGUCUCCAGGUUUGAAAAUCCAAGUUGGAAUAAUGGUGUUGGAUUAAAUUAG